AAAGUGAAAGAAAGCGCAACUACCGCGUUUGGGCAGGAAAAGGCGCUGACGCACUGCUCCAAAUCAUCUACUCUUCAUUCCAUUUCAUUCAGUUUGUUUAUUUAUUCUCUUAUACCUUUCCAUUCAGCUGAAAAUGUUGAGCUCCAGCUCUCAGUUUGAGGCACAGUGUGGAGGUUUCUGCUUUGAGAACGCACGCAGAAAUGCAGUGUUGGAGGCAGGUCUGUCGGAGAAGGGCUACAGGGCCCCAAAAGCCCGGAAGACUGGCACCACCAUCGGUGGCAUCAUAUUCAAGGACGGAGUGAUCCUCGGUGCUGACACUCGUUCCACAGACGACAUGGUCGUGGCCGAUAAAAACUGCACGAAGAUCCACUACAUCGCACCUAAAAUAUACUGUUGUGGAGCAGGUGUGGCAGCAGACGCUGACAUAACCACCCAGAUGAUGUCUUCAAACAUCGAGCUCCAUUCUCUGAGCACCGGACGUCCUCCUCAGGUCGUCACAGUGACACGGCAACUCAAACAGCUGCUGUUCAGGUAUCAGGGACACAUCGGCGCAUCUCUCAUCGUCGGAGGAGUGGAUGUUGAUGGCUUCCAGCUCUACAGCAUCUACCCUCAUGGCUCCUAUGAUCAACUGCCCUUUGUUGCCUUGGGUUCUGGAGCAAGUGCAGCUAUCUCUGUGCUGGAAGACCGAUACAAACCCAACAUGGAGCUGGAGGAAGGGAAGCAGCUGGUGCGUGACGCCAUCGCCGCUGGGAUUUUCUGUGACCUGGGGUCUGGGAGCAACGUUGAUCUGUGUGUGAUCACAGAGAAAGGAGUGGAAUAUCUGCGGGGCUAUGACACGCCUGUACAGAAGGGCCAGAGGAAAGGCAACUACAGCUACAAGCAAGGAACGACACCGGUUCUGACGAAGACGAUCACGCCACUCGCUCUAGACACGGUGGACGAGUCUGUUCAGAUGAUGGACAGUUAGUGAAGCUCCACCACCUGUUUUUUACUUCCUUAUUAUAACAGAUUACUGAUGAGGAAUUGAAACCUAUGCAUUAAAGCAUGAGAUUGAA